UAUGCGCUGGCGUGAAGAUGGAAUUGCCUCAAAUACAUUUCGAGACGGACAGGACGCGCGGACACUGGUCCAACAAGCGUGAAUAUUUGUUAUCGUGUAUUGGUGCCGCCAUUGGCCUCGGAAAUGUGUGGCGUUUUCCUUAUUUGUGCUACAAGAACGGUGGAGGUGCAUUUUUGUUACCCUACUUAUUGAUGUUAUUUUUAUGUGGAAUUCCACUUUUCUAUUUGGAAUCUUGUUUGGGACAAUUUUCCAGUGCAUCUUGCUUAACUGUUUUUAAAAUUGCUCCACUUUUUAAAGGAGUGGGUUAUGCAAUUUUGGUGGUAAAUUUCAUCUCAACAUGUUAUUACGUCGUGAUAGUAUCGUAUCCUUUGUCUUACAUCUACGAAAGCAUCGCCCACGCACUGCCGUGGACAAAAUGCGGCAACGCUUGGAAUACUAAUGAAUGUUUGCAAUUGGACACCGCCAACUACACGUCUAACCAUGUUUCAACUCUUGCGCACCGAACACCAGCAGAUGAGUUUUUUCAUAAUAAAAUUCUCCACCUUUCAAAUAGUAUUGAUAAUACCGGUGAGAUAAUAUGGCCGCUGUUUAUUUUCAAUUGCAUCACAUGGUUUAUCAUCUUUCUGUGCAUUAUGAAAGGCGUUAAAGGGGUGGGCAAAGUGGUGUACGUCACUGUGACUUUCCCAAUAUUGAUAUUGGUGGUCAUGUUUGUACGUGGGAUUACACUACCAGGGGCGGUCGAUGGUAUAUAUUUCUAUAUUUAUCCCGAAUGGAAUAAAAUUACAGAUUAUCAAGUUUGGUUAGAUGCUGCGGUACAGAUAUUUUUCUCGGUCGGUUGUGGUUGGGGAAGUAUCAUAAACAUGGCCAGUUACAACCAUUUCAGCAAUAAUAAUAAAAAUGAUGCAAUUUUAGUGCCUUUGUGCAAUGGCAUAACAAGCGUUUUUUCCGGCUUUGUGGUGUUUUCGGUACUGGGCUUUAUGAGCCAGAAAACUGGCCUUCCGAUUGCGGAUGUGGCCACAGGUGGGCCCGGUCUUGCGUUCGUCACCUACCCAGAAGCCAUCGCUUUGUUGCCGUACUCACAAUUUUGGUCUGUCUUGUUUUUUCUGAUGCUGUUUCUGAUUGGACUUGAUAGCUGUUUUGUACCUUUGGAGUCCAUGAUCUCAACGAUGUUAGAUGAAUAUGUGAAGCUGCGAAAGUACAAAAUGAUAAUUAGUUUUAUAGUCUGCUGCGGGAUGUGUUGCUGUUCUACAAUAUUUAUCACCGAAAGCGGCAUGUAUUACAUUCGAUUAUUAGAUUUCUACGCACCGUCAUUAGCACUGGUGACAAUUAGUCUCUGCGAGCUGUUCAUUGUCGGUUGGACUUACGGAAUGAAAAAUUUUGCCAGGGACGUCGAGUUUAUGAACCGCGCUAAAUUGCACUGCUGGUGGCCGUUCUGCUGGCGAUUCAUCGCGCCCAUAAUACUAACGAUUAUCAUCUUUACGACAAUAACCUACGGUAAAAUUGAUCCGUACAACGGGGUGAAUUAUCCCGAAUGGUCAAAAUCAUUGGGAUGGACAACAGCAACGUUACCGGUAUUUUGUAUACCUUUUUACAUGGGUUACAAAUUACUGUACAAAAGUGAAGGCGAUUUGUGUGAGAGGCUUUCAUUGGCGGUCCGAGCUGGCAAAAAAUGGGGUCCUAAACAAGCUUGCAGUCGAGAGGAAUGGUUGUACAUGGUUUACAGAAAACGUGUAAUUAAGAUGCGCCACGUGUUAGAGGAGACGAAACACGAUGCCGCUCAUAAAAAAUUUCUACUAUUAUCAUCAAAUGAUACAAAUUCGAAUACUACACAUCUUUAAACUCCAAAAAGGUACACAGCAUAUAUACAGAUUAUUUUUUGUUUCAUUGUUGAGUAUAAAUACACAUCUGUUAAUAAAUUUGUCAUUAUUAUUUUGUAUGUCAGAAAAUUGUCAUUCAUGUAGUAGCUAAAAUAUAAAAAUUUAUAGCAAAA